CCGUUUAAUAAUGUAUGACUUGUUGUAGGGCAGUAAGGUAAAUACAUGACUCAAAGACACAACGACAAAAUGAUAAUACUAAUAUGGCCGUUGAAGAAAUGUAAACACACAAACACCUACAAUCGAUAUUUCUUUUUUCCUGACUGUACGGGAACGCAUCGUCAGUCCGGACCAGGGGGCGUAGGUUUGACCGGCUUCACGGAGCCUCAGACACAAUGAACCGUCAGACGGCGAGGUGCGCGCACGUUGGCCCGGAGCUUCUGGCACAGUUUUAGCACAUUAUUUUUUCACGGUUGUGCCUUUUCUUUGACUCGCUUGGUCAUUUCCGAACUACUGAGACGCUGUAUGGCGGAGACAAGGCUCAACUGGAAGCGGUUGGUUCGUCGAGUUUGAUGAAAACGAGGUCGGACUCAGACAACCGUUAGCCCCUCCUGGCGGAUAUAUCUCUUCUUCUUCGUUCUUUUUGCGUUCGUUUUUUUUCCUCGUCAAAGCCAAACAAACCCGGCGAAUGACGAUGUCGUUGACCGCGUCGUCUGAUUAUUUCGCUGCCGAGUGUCUGGUUUCGAUAUCCAGCGGUCCCGUCCUACACAGACCCACCCCGGUCGCCCCCGCCAGCCAGUCGGCCACGGUGGGCCUGCACCCCGGGGAGCCCGACGGGACGAGCGAGGACAGGGAAGUGCGGGAGACCCUGCGGCUGGAGGGCGCGAGCAUGAUGGCAGUGGCCGGCAUCCUCACCGACCUGCACGGUAAGUUCCGCCCCAUGUCGGCCUACUCGGAGAGCAGCAACUCGUCAUGUGGUGGGGAGAGCGGUUACACCACGUUGUCCGACCCGACCACCCCUACCAUGACCCCGUCCGCCACCCCGGUCCCCGGGCAGCAGCAGCUGCGGGGGGGAGGAGGAGGAGGAGGAGCCCCCCCCCGGUCCCCGGUGAAGCGGCACCAGUGCACUUUUGACGGAUGCGACAGAGUUUACGGGAAAUCGUCCCACUUGAAGGCGCACAUCCGGACGCACACAGGUGAGAGGCCCUUCCCGUGCACCUGGCCCGACUGUGAGAAAAAGUUUGCCCGCUCCGACGAGCUCGCCCGCCACACCCGCACCCACACGGGAGAAAAACGCUUCCUGUGCCCACUGUGCGACAAGCGCUUCAUGCGCAGCGACCACCUGAUCAAGCACGCCCGCCGUCACCCUGACUUCCAGCCCUCCAUGUUGGGACGAAGCAAGGGGACGCCCUCUGCUUCCAGCCCGGCCGCGCACCACUAGGGGAGUUCGGGGUUGGGGUUUCCUGCGUAUUGGGGUCAGCAGGAGCACAGCAGCUCAUGGUGGUUUCAAGUUUACCAGCUACAAUCAGAUCCACUGUUAAGGAUUUAGAAUUACUGUGUUGUACUCAACAAUGCACACAUACACACACACACACACACAUGUGGACACACAGAGCUGGAUGUGAGGGGCAAGUCGCCUCAUCUCUCCAUCCACCCAGAUGAGUCAUGUGACCACUAUCCACCUGCUCAACACAACUAGGGUUGGUUCUCAAAAAUGUUCCAAUGUUCCAGGAUAUGUUUUUUAAAGAAAAUGUGCUUUUCGAUUCCACUUAUCGUUUCCUAACGGCAAAGUCUGGACUUGCUGCACUUCAAUUUACAUGGCUGCUUACACGCGGACCAAACCACGUGUAUAAUGUUUACAAAAUGGUCGAACGGAGCUGGCUUUCAUAAGUGCAAGCUGCUCUAACAAAAGACGGCAGUGAUGAAGAGAAAUCAAAUCACUGCAUGAAAGUCAAUACAUGCAAUGGAGGAAAGUUCAUCUGACAAGAUGACAUCUACUACAGAGUGGUAUCAGAAUGCAAUUUUUUUGAUACGCUCUAUGUGACAGUGAUAUUCAAUGGUCAAACCUAGAUUCUAGAUCAAAAAACUAGAGGGGAAUGUGGGUUUUUGGUUUAUUCUCCAAAUUCUGAGACAGACAAAUGAAGGUACUUCAUCACAUUGAUGCAAACAAUCUGUAAAACCAUGUAUGCCAUACAGCUGCCAUGCCCAUUGGCUAAAGCCAGACUUCAAAGCCUCAGAAUGUUUGAACUAAUGUAAAGCCAUUCAACGUUUGCAUGGCUCAACAUAAUAUCCAUGUUUCUUUUAACAAAAAAAAGGACCAUGUCAUUUAUUAAAUGUUCAUGGCAGUUUAAGCCUCAUGAAAAUAAAUGGAUUUUGCUUUCAACAUACUUUGGUUUUCUUUCUCAACCAGGAUUCGAUAAGAACUGGAAUCGUCGAGCAGAUUUCACUCGAUAUAGAGGAACUGGACCAUAAAUAUAUAACCCAAGUUCUCAAACUGUUACACUUUCACAAAUUGCAGGGAUUUUUCACGUUUUCUGUAAAAAUCGACACAUUCAUCAAAUGGCCAAAACUCCUGUUUUUCUUGUGGUUCAUUUCCUGAUUGUCGUUGUGCUUUUCAGUACCAUUUAUUUACCAUGAGUAGCACAAUGAUGUGAUGUUAGAUAGUGAGGCAGAGACUAGUGGCUUUUUAGCUUUUUUUUUGUUUUAGCUUUGAAUUUUAGGGGUGACAUUCCUUUCCUUUUGUUAUUGCUUAACCAUCAUUGAGGUGAUUUUUUCUUUCUUUCUUGUAUAUCGAAUUUAAUAGAUCAAAUAUUAAUUUUUCCAGAAAGUGGGUCAAACAUCACUGUAGAAGAGCUGUUUGCACGCCAUCCUCAAGUCUAGAUGAGUUAUUCAUGAAUCGCCGACACAUAAUACACAGUAGUAUUAUCUCUAAUACUGAUGCAAAUGUAUAUAAGCUUUAAGCUUUUGAUGUAGAUACCUGGUAAUGCUACUAGCAGCAGAAUUAAUACAUGUGAUGAAUUCUAGUCCUUAUAUUAGGGGUAACAGUAUACGCUUGAUAGGAUGAGAUUGCUUGUGUGUAUUGGUGUGUAUGUUUUAACUUUUUUUUUUCUUUAUAUUUUUGUUAGGGACAGAACUGGGGAACGUGUGUAUGCGAUGGUAACAAAAUAUUUAGGGACUAAAAACAUGAGGUGAGCUGGAUUUGCAGCCUGCUACCUUCAGAGUAAAGGCGUUCACAUAUCUCAUCAGGGGUGUGGAGCGGCAGAAGGACAUAUUUCAGGAUCAGGUGUGCCAGGUUUAUAUUCUCACGGUUUCAAUUUCAGUUUCAGCAGCAGUUAAUUCCCAUUAUAAAUAUCUGUGUGGGAAUCAAAUUUGGUGUAAGAAGUAAAAUACGGGUCAGCUGUCACCAUGCUGGAAAGCGAAUACCAGUGGACCUUUAUUGUGGAAGACAUUUUAAAUUGUCAAUGCUGCACGCGUGUAACCAAUAACCUUACCAUGGCUCUGCGCAGGUGUAGUGUUGAACCAGCACGCAUGAUACACGGAGGCAGGCACUUCUAAAUGGAAUAGAGCCAUCGAUAAUGUUAUUGAUAAAUUAAAAUGACAGUAAUGAAGAUUUGGUACUCUGUUGGAUUAUAAAACAUUAUUAAUAACCUGUUUAGUGCAUGUGAGCAGGCUGGCACCUAGGUAUUCCUUCUUUGCAGAGACAAUUCAAUAAUCCUCAUGUAUUUUAGGAAUUGUCACUCAAAAAAGUAACAGUUUAACUGAAUCAAGCAAACCUCAUGUAACGCAGAUAUUUAAAAAAAAAUCUAUUUGAGUGUCCAGGUCUGAAUCUAGAGGUUGAAUCUUUCUUUUUUUUCUUACUGUUUCCACACUGUUGGUCCAGAUCAUGGACACAUUCCUUCGUCUCAGUGAACAACAAUUCUUCAGGAAACUCUGAAAGCCUUAAACUAUGUCAUAACUACUUUGCACCAUGUUUACAGUUGGAUCAUCGUAUAGGUGUAAAUGCCCCCCCCCCCCCCCCCCCCCCCGCAGGCUCAUUACAGAUACUCAUGCAAUAUGGCACUUUUUUCUUACAAGUGUAUUUGGCUGAAUAGUGUAAUGGCUUGCACUGUUACUAUGCUUCUACUAGCGAGCACUGUGGAUCUUUGCUGAUGUGUUCAUAACCAAUGGUUUGUAAAACCGCCUUCUUGUCCAAGUGCUUUAGAAAGCGUGAUCAAAAAAUAACUGAGUAGUUGUUUCUGUUUUUGUUUCUUUUAGUGUUUGCUUAGUCAUCCAGGCCAUCUUUUAUUGUGGAAUUUGUUUAAUUUUAAUUGUGAUUUUUUUUUUUUUCAAUGUUGCUCCCAGAUGUGUUGACUUUGUUCCCUCCACUCUAAGAUGAAAAAAAGGAACAACUUCAGAUGUCUUCCUCAUUCAUAUGUCAAACCAUCCUCAUAUCACCAUUUCACUGUUGAUCUGUUUGUUUUAAUAGGACUCGUACUCAUUGAAGUGAAUGCAAUGCUUUGACUCUUUGUACACUUUUCCUCAGAGGUUCAAUCUGUUGAUGGUUUUUUUUGGUUGCUGCUGGCAGUGACCUUGAACACGCAGGCUGUUUAACAAAGGAUCACACACAAUAUACUCAUUUUCUACGUUUUCGAAUAGAAAUAUAUCCUUCCAUCUUCCAUUGAUGGAAGUGUUCAUUUUCACUCGGACUCUGCCCGAGUUUCAAAGCUAUAAUAUCACAACAUACCUCACAGAUUUUUCUAUUUCUUUCUUUUGUUCUUUUACGGUAUCUGUGCAGCAUCCAUCCAACUUGUUUUUUCGGGAAUUCAUAUAAAGCCAUUGAGCCUUGGGUUUCAGAAAUUAGUUUUUACCAGCUAGAUGGUCUGUUAUGUGCCCUUGUCCUUCUCUUGUCUGUAUAUGCAACAUCACUACUACCUGUGAAGCAGCAGAGUUUCUGUUUCCCUGCCUCCGUGACAUUCUGCUGUUAACAGACAGUGAUAAAUUGAUCUACUGGAUAAAUCCUGCACCACCAACAGCUCCUGUCAUUAAAGCCAAGGGGAAGACUCUGCUGGCUGGGGCAGGGGCUGCAAAGUGUUUUUUUAAAUGUAAAACAAAACAAAAAACCCUUUAGACUGUCACUUCACUGCAGAUAUCAAUUGAGAGAGCUCAGUCCAAAUCUUUUUUGUUCAUAUCACUGAAUGUGGCUUGAUGAAAGAAGAGCAUUAUCCACUUUGGAUUUUAAUUUUGCUGCUCUGCCUUGCUGAGAAAAAAGAAGCAAACAAAAUGAUAAUUCCUCUCGUCACCACACUAAUUCAGAUAUGCACAUUGUACAGAAAUGGAUGUCUUUUUUUAAAUUGAUGCCUAAUUUUUACAUUAAUGUAAUUUUUUUAAUCCUCUUAUCAAAGCUUUAGUUAUGGUAAAUGGGAGGAACUGUGGAACUAAAUAAUUGCUGCAACAAACUGUUUUGAUAUUUAUAUUCUCAGGUGUCUUAAAUUUUGAGCAUUGGAGUUUCAAGAUUUCCUUUGCAACACCGAAGUACAAGCAUGUUUUAUUUCUUUUGUUAUGCUGAUUAAUUUAUUACGAAAAAAAGUAUAAUUUGUGUGGUUUAAUUAUUCUUUUCAUAACUCACUUUGGGAUAUGGAACAAAACUAAUAUUAAAUGGUUCCAUUUUUUUUUUUUUUUGCUUGACAUGAAAAUACCAGUGCUUUUUUUUUUUUUAAAUAAAAAUCCUUAAGUUGAA